AUGAACCUUUUUCGUUUACUUAUAUUGGUGAUAACCAGCGUACUCUUUGCGAUAUCUGUAAUUGUUCUUGGACUCAUCUGUCAUUCAUUGGUUUAUAUUAACAGUGAUGCUUCACAACAAACUGCGAAUUUUACAUUUAUCUAUAAUACUUUUGAUACUAAUGGUCUUGUCAACGGUACUGUGACAUCUCAGCGAAUUCUAGCAUAUCUACCAUCUAGAGUGGAUGUGGGUAGUUAUUGGAUAAUUUUUGCUGCUGGUCUUGGAGGACUUCUUGAUUCCUUGCUUAUCGCUUUCUUUGUUAUCAGACGUUCACCAAUAUCUAUUACUAGGACUCUUAUAUUCGAUUACUUCAAUGUUGUUGUUACCAUCCUAAGUCUACUUCGCAUAGGUGUUGAUAUUGCUUCCAUUGCUUUUUCAUUUGCUCAAUUUAAUAAUAGUGAUGACUUCUUCUUCAAUGGUAGUACAGAUAGUAGUUUAAGAUAUAUCGGUCAUUUUACACUCGAAGCUUUCAAUUGCAAUUUGAAAAAUUAUGCAACUGAUGUAGAAACAUUCAAUCAAUGGUGUAUACAAGGAGUAAGCUAUUAG